GCGCAAUGCGACGAUUGGCCCAAGGUCACUCAGCCCGAGGUCGGGUCUGACCCCAGGUGGCCUGAUUCCAUCCUGGGCCUGGACAACAGCCAGGUUGCAGCGGGCGGUGUUGGAGGAGCGGGCAGGUGGCGCCCCGGGGCUCCUGCUUUGGAACCGCUGAGGGGUGCACGUUGCCACCUGGGGGGGGGGCUAGGCACUAAUGGGGCAGCCCGCCCGGCAGUCACUGAGCCGUUGACCCUCCCCGGGAGGGGCGGGGCGCUCGGUUACCUCAUCGCCGCCUCCGGGAGGCCCUGCUCGCUUGCUCGCCCGCGCGGCCGGCUGGGGCGGCGGCUCCCGGCGCCCGCCGGAGCGGAGCGGAGCGGAGCGAGGACAGAGCUGCGGGCGGGGGCGGGUCUGCGCCGCGCCGGGUGCGCUCUCCCUGCCACUCUCCCUGCCGAGCUGCGGCUUCGUCCGCCGCCGCCGCCGCCGGCCCGCUCGGUCCCCGGGCCUGGCCUCUUGCUGCCGGCGGCGCGACGCGGGUGUCCCGGGCAGAGCGCGCACGGCGCGGUGCCGGCUCAUGAAGCUCCCCGGCGCCGGGCGCGGGGGCGCGGGCCAGCCAUGGGCGGCAGCCUGCGGGUGGCCGUUCUGGGUGCUCCGGGAGUGGGCAAGACUGCCAUCAUCCGCCAGUUCCUGUUCGGUGACUAUCCCGAGCGCCACCGGCCCACAGACGGUCCCCGCCUCUACCGGCCCGCCGUGCUGCUCGACGGCGCUGUCUACGACCUGAGUAUCCGCGAUGGUGACGUCGCUAGCCCCGGCUCGAGCCCCAGAAGUCUCGAGGAGUGGCCAGACCCUAAGGACUGGAGCUUGCAGGACACAGACGCCUUUGUGCUGGUCUACGACAUCUGCAGCCCCGACAGUUUCGAUUAUGUGAAAGCCCUGAGGCAGCGCAUAGCAGAAAACAGGCCGGCGGGCGCGCCAGAGGCACCCAUCCUCGUGGUGGGCAACAAGCGGGACCGUCAGCGGCUGCGCUUCGGACCUCGUCGUGCACUGGCCACUCUAGUCCGCAGGGGCUGGCGCUGCGGCUACCUCGAGUGCUCAGCCAAAUACAAUUGGCACGUGCUGCGUCUCUUCCGGGAGCUUCUGCGCUGUGCUUUGGUGCGUACACGUCCUGCGCAUCCGGCUCUGCGCCUGCAGGGGGCGCUGCAUCCAGCGCGCUGCAGCCUCAUGUGACCAAAGUGGACAGGGACAUCUCCUAAAAGCAGGCUCCCACCCAGUCUCCAGGCCGACAGGCUUUCCUUUGAACUUGAUUGGACCCAGCCAACUCCCAAUCAUUGGACAAGUUCAGUUUUAUCUGAGACCUUAUUGGGUCACAAUCACAGAUGGAAAGGACCUGAAUAUGAACGGGAUUUGAAGCCUUCCUACAGCUUUACUGGAAACACCUUUUGUUUUUGAGACAGAGUCUCACUUAUGUAGGCUUGGCUGGCAUCGAACUACAAAGAUCCACCUGCCUCUGCCUCUCCAGUGCUGGACUGGUUACUGGAGACACUUUUUAAGUCAUGCCUUACCAGGUAAUAAAAAACAACUUAAACGCA